GUUGGUCAGUGACGGCACGUGAUGUAGAACACUUCCUGUAAGCUUCGGUGGAGCAGGAGAGGAGGAGAGGUUACUAUGAAGUGACAAUACUGUUGUCAAGUUAUAACAUUUCACUUUGAAGCAACAGAUGUGGAGCAGAAUAUUGCGUCCUCGUGUGAUAGGCAGAACAUCUUUCUAUUGGAGGAGUCUCUUCACUAUGAGGCUGAAGACCAGUGAGUUCCAGUCUCUGUCCUCCGAUGGACUGAAUGAACUAGCAGAGAUUUUUGAGAAGCACAAGCAUGAGCUGAGGAUAGCCGGCGGUGCUGUCCGGGACCUGCUCUCCGGGAAGCGGCCUGAAGAUGUGGACUUUGCGACCACGGCCACUCCAGAGGAGAUGAAGCGCAUGUUCCAAAAAGCUGGCAUAAGGAUGAUCAACAACAAAGGAGAGAAACAUGGCACCAUCACAGCAAGACUGCACAAUGAGAACUUUGAGGUGACCACGUUGCGCGUGGACGUUCAGACCGAUGGACGUCAUGCAGAGGUGGAGUUCACCACUGACUGGCAGAAAGACGCCGAGCGAAGAGACCUCACCAUCAAUUCCAUGUUUUUAGGUCUCGAUGGCACAUUAUAUGACUAUUUCAAAGGAUACGAGGAUCUGCAGAACCGCGAAGUUCGGUUUGUCGGCAGCGCUGAACAAAGAAUCCAAGAGGACUACUUAAGGAUACUGCGCUAUUUUAGGUUCUACGGCAGAGUGGCCCUGGAGCCCGGCGCUCACAAGCCCGAGACGCUGGCUGCGAUCCGGGAGAACGGCCGGGGACUUGCAGCCAUAUCAGGCGAACGAAUUUGGGUGGAACUGAAGAAGAUGGUUGUCGGUAACCAUGCCGCUCAUCUGCUGGAGCUGUUGUACCGGCUGGACCUGGCCCAGUACAUAGGUCUACCUCCAGAUGGCAACAUUGAGGAGAUGAAGCGAGUGUGGAACACCGCCAAAGACCGCUCUCCUAAGCCCAUGACGGUCCUGGCGGCUCUCUUCCGCUGCCCGGAGGAGGUGGACAAGAUGGACCUCCGGCUGAAGGUGUCCAGGGAGGAGAAGACUCUGGCUCUGUUCCUGGUCAGGUACCGGCGGGAGCUCUGCAGGAGCCAAGACGAGCCGGACAGCCUGAAACCCUUCACUGACUUCAUCUUUGACAGCCGGGAGCUGGACACCCAAAGCAAAGUGUGUGAGCUGCUCAAGUACCAAGGUGAGGAGAAGCUGCUGGCAGAGCUCAGCAGGUGGUCCGUCCCCCGCUUCCCCGUCAGCGGUCACGAUCUGAGGAGGCUGGGCAUCACGUCGGGCAAAGACAUAGGCGCCACCUUACAGGAGCUCCGUGACGUCUGGAAGAAGAGCCGUUACCAGAUGGACAAAGAUGAACUUCUUGGUCACAUCAAGUCUUAAAUUGUUCCUCGCUACAGAUUGUUGAGAGAAGACAGUGGGACCCACGCACAGCAGCCGAUGGAUCCAUUUAGUUCUAAAGAAGGCCCGGUGGCACUUCUCAUCCACACAGCCACCACCGGAUGUGUGUCACGACGGCUGAUUCCACUACAGAGCGCCUGGCCGGUGCUUUGGCUCAGCAGCUGUUCUGUCACUAACACAUAGAUGUUUAACCCAUGUCGAAAAAAGAAGAAGUUUUGCUUUUGAUUUUGGUUUCCUCCUCAGUUUGACUGCAGUUGUGUAUAAUGCUGUGUUUUCUGUAAAGAAAAAUGUUCCUUUUAGUGAACAGACUUGUGCAGAAUACAAAGCCCUAUGUUUAUAUGUUCUAUGUUUGACUGCGUGAGAAAUAUUUUCUGUGGUGAGGUUGCUCCUCCUUCCUGAGAUGAGAUAUAAAGCCUCUGCUGCCCUGCU